AUGUUGGUUGAGCCAGGAUGGACAGUCACAAUCCGCCUUCAGUCUCAGACUGAUUCCCACACGGAUUCAUCUGCCGAUUCUGGCGAUGUUUCUAAUACGUACCGAGAUGAAUCUGAGGGGGGUAAAAAAGACUCUGAGGGCAAGUAUGCAGUGAAAAUCAAGUACACGAUCGACUACCACGAGAAGGAUCCCUAUGGACGCUCGGCAUUCCUGUACAGCACGUCCUCUGACAAUUCUGUGGUCCUAGAGACAUCAGACAGCAAAGCCCGAACACUUCCUGUGCUUGAGGAGAAGAUAUCUAUAACGUUCUAUCAGAUCAACAACAGUCGGCAAAAACCCACCCCAAAUCGCGGGCCGAAAUUAGAGGUCGGAGACCGCAUCGGUAGGACGCGUCUGUACAUCCACUCGCCGUUUCUGCUCAACGCGCUGCGGGCGAUCAUUAAAUACUCAUCCGAAACGCUGUCUGGAGACAACGUUGAUCAGCUGAAAGAAGGGGUGUUUCCACACCCCUAUGGGGACCUAUUCUACCAUAAACAAGAGCUGUCCGACUACAGAAACGACACCACUGGACUGAGAUCGAAUCACACGCUGGCGUACAACGAAGAAUGUAACCGUCAUAUUGACCUACUACUCAAGUACCUCGACCGGGAGCCUAAUAUUCAGAUUAAGGAGUUGGAAGCCAAAUGGGCUAAGAAAGUACCCACUACAACAUUCGCAGGAUUUUGGCUGCUGCUGAAGCCUGGGUCUGACGUUUAUGUCCGUCGAAAUGGACAGCUGAACGCGUACGUAGUCGAAGAGGUAUUGGGCGGCGUUGAACACUUCUUUGGAGGGCUGGGGGUGGGGUCAGUCAGAGCUCAGAACUACUCCAUUAGGGUGUGGAAUUUGAAAUAUGAUGGAAAAGUCGUCAAACGGAAAUCCGAAGUCAUCGACGUGCCGGUAUUUGACAAUGAGCGGGACAUAAUCUCACUACCGUUGUUCCCAACCAGAUUCAAAGAUAAGAUGGACGACGGCGUGCGGCGAAAGCAGCUUAUUGAACGUGGGAAAAAGGUGUUUCGAUUUGCCAAAUCACCCGCGUUCCUGGAAUACACCGGCGUAGGGCUAAAGCCAGGCUGGAGGAAGUACAACCGUACCCGAGUGGUUGUUGAGCACGAGUCUCAGCCGUGGGAUGGGAGCGAGUUCGAGUCAUUAUUCAAUUGGGAUUUAGGUGAUGAUGAUACUGACAUUGGCGAAAAAGCUAGGACCCCUCGCUGCGAAUGUAGUAGUUGCAUAAAUUUCGAUACCGUGAAGGACAACUGCAUAUCCGUGACGUUCGGCGACUAUGACGCCAUCGAUCCAAAGGAGACUGAGAAUCUUUCGGAGCAUCAGUACUUGCUAUGCAUGUCUCACAUGUUUGGAUUUAUCUUCAAAGAUCGCGCGUACGAUCUCCUCGAUGUCAGCGGUCUGGACAACCCCAGGAUGGUGGAAAAUGCAAUCGAUCAACUCGUCAUGCGACCCGAAACAAAUAAGGACACAAUUAAAGCGAUCGUCAAGACCUACGCGGACAGCAGCGGCCAAGCUGAGCUCUUCAGCGCUGAUUUCAUCCACGGAAAAGGGGAAGGCCAAAUCUUCCUCUUACACGGGCCCCCUGGAACCGGGAAGACGCUCACAGCUGAGUCUGUCGCGGAGUAUACAAAAAGGCCACUGUUAAGCAUCACUGCGGCUGAUCUAGGAGACGAUCCCGUUAAACUCGAGAAGAAUCUUCUCCGAUUUUUCAAAGACGCCAACAGCUGGGACGCCAUUGUAUUGCUCGACGAGGCUGACGUCUAUCUCGAGCGGCGCUCAGUCAACGAUCUCAAACGCAACAGUAUCGUAUCGAUCUUUUUGCGCGCACUCGAGUACUUUCAAGGCAUCUUGUUUUUAACCACCAACCGUGUAGGCCAGUUUGACGAAGCAUUCAUGUCUCGCAUCCACGUAUCGAUUGGUUACGAGCGCCUCGACGACUCAGCGCGGGGGCAGAUAUGGGAUAACCUCUUUCGCAAACUCAAGGAAGACCACAAGCACGGCGGACCAGAGAUCAUCUAUGAGUACGAUGCGAAGGAGUACGUCAAGAAGAAUAAGGAAGUCAAGACGCUGGAAUGGAAUGGCCGCGAAAUCCGCAAUGCUUUUCAAACGGCCGUUGCUCUUGCCAUUUACGAUUCCAAGAUGGCCAGAGAGAAGGGUGCUUCUGUUGAAGAUUCCAUCCCAGAGAUCAAGGAGAAGCAUUUAAGCCAAAUCGUCAGCAUGUCUAGUGCGUUCAAGGAUUACAUUACGUCGACACAUGAAGGUGUCAAGGAUGCAGAUUUGGCGUAUAGACUAGGACUUCGGGAUGAUAAAUUCGGGAAACAGACUACUACCGACGAGACGAGGAGUUAA